AUGGCUUCGUAUAAGCCUAUUUUAUCAGCCGAUGAUUGGACUAGACAAGCUGUUGAGCUAAUUGAUGCCCGUCAUCUGCACACUCAAGAAGAACAGCCACGCAUUCUCAUCCUGUAUGGUUCAUUACGCAAAGAAUCCUACUCCAAAAAGCUAGCCUACGAAUUUGCAAGGCUCCUAUCAGGUUUGGGUAGUGAUGUGCGUAUCUUUGAUCCAAUGGGUCUUCCGAUCAAGAAUGACGAUGACACAGACCAUCCCAAAGUCCAAGAGUUACGCAAUGCUGCUAUCUGGAGUGAAGGUAUGGUCUGGGUUUCUCCUGAACAGCAUGGCUCCAUGACCGCCGUUUUUAAGAAUCAAAUUGAUUGGAUUCCCUUGUCGCUCGGUAGUGUUCGUCCUACACAGGGGCGUGCAUUGGCCCUGGCUCAAGUCAAUGGUGGCUCACAGUCCUUCAAUAGUGUCAAUCAAUUGCGCAUUCUUGGUCGUUGGAUGCGCUGCUUCACCAUACCCAACCAAUCAUCCAUUCCAAAAGCAUGGACUCAAUUUGAUGGAGACGGGCGAUUGAAGGAUACAGGGUUUCGGGAACGUGUCGUGGAUGUCGCGGAGGAGCUUUACAAAGUGUUGCACAUGCUGCGACCUCAUAGAGAGUCGCUCGACAGUCGAUACUCGGAACGUGUGGAAAAGGCCAAGCAAGGAAGGCUGUUAAGUCAAGCUGAGAAGGAAGCACAAAAACAGCAGCCAAGCACAAAGGAAGCAAAUGAGCCAGAGCUCAUGGAAGCAAAGCCGACAAGUGCAUCUUGA